AUGAAGCACCGUGAGGGCCCGAAACCCUUGACGGUGGUGCUCAAGUUGGGCACCAGCUCCAUCGUCGAUGAGACAACACACCAGCCCUUGCUGUCCAUCCUGAGUCUCAUCGUCGAGACGGCAGUCAAGUUGAGGAAGGAUGGUCAUAGAGUGGUCAUCGUCUCGUCCGGCGCCAUCGGCGUCGGUCUCCUCCGUAUGGAGAUGGAGAAACGCCCGAAGCACCUGUCAACGCUGCAGGCCUUGGCAGCCAUCGGACAGUGCAGACUCAUCAGUCUCUGGGACGACCUGUUUGGUCACUUCAGGCAACCCGUCGCCCAGAUCCUGCUCACUCGCAGCGACAUCGCAGAUCGAACACGGUACCUCAACGCUCAAAACACAUUCAACGAGCUGCUGGACCUAGGCGUCAUUCCCAUCGUCAACGAAAACGACACCCUCGCCGUGUCGGAAAUCAAGUUCGGCGACAAUGACACCCUCUCCGCCAUCGCGGCCGGCAUGGUCCACGCGGACAUGCUCUUCCUCAUGACAGAUGUCGACUGUCUUUACGACAAGAACCCCAGGACGAACCCCGACGCCCAGGCUAUUGAGGUCGUCGAAGACAUCUCCAGCAUCCAGGCCGAUGUCUCAACAGCAGGAUCAGCCCUAGGCACCGGCGGCAUGAUGACCAAGAUCGUCGCCGCCCGCCUUGCAACCUCCGCCGGCGUGACCACCGUCAUCACCCGCUCCUCCAACCCGGGCAACAUCGUAAAGAUAGUCCGCUACAUCCAAGCCCAACAAAAGUCCUCCCCGCGUCUCGACGCCGUCGACGGUGCAGGUGAGCACGACCACGACCACACCGACGACCCCCUUUCCCAAUCCACCGCCUCUCUGCGUCUCGACCAGUCUGCCGAGAGACCUCCGCUGCAUACUCGCUUCCUCCCCUCCCCGGACCCCAUCGGCGAUCGCCACUUCUGGAUGCUCCACGGCCUCAAACCCCACGGCACCAUCUACAUCGACUCCGGCGCCCACAGCGCCCUCCUGAGGAAGGCGGGCCUGCUGCCCGCCGGCGUCGUCGACGUCGAAGGUAACUUCGCCCAGCACGAGGCUGUGAGACUCGUCGUCGUGGACAGGCUUCAUGACGUGAGCAACGGCGGCAAGGCGUGGGGCGGCACGCCGCUCGAGGUCGGCCGCGCGCUGGUCAACUACGCCGCGCCGGAGGUGAUGCGCAUCAGCGGCCACCAGAGCUCCGAGAUCCACGGGCUGUUGGGGUACGCCGAUAGCGAGUACGUGGCCGAGAGGCAGCACAUCCGCAUCUGGGGACGGGAGAGCCGGCCGCAGACGCCGAGCCUGGAAAAGGUGAAGGAGCAGGUUCGGGAGCAGGUUGUGGAGGAGGUGAUCGCGGGGGUCGCGGGGUACGAACAGAAGACGGGAGCAUGA